AUGGUCAUCCGGCCCUAUGGCUACGCAAUCUGGGAGGCCAUCCAGUCCUACCUGGACGGCAAGUUCAAGGAGACCGGCCACCAGAACGCCUACUUCCCGCAGCUCAUCCCGUACAGCUUCAUCGCCAAGGAGGCUCAGCACGUGGAGGGGUUUGCGCCGGAGCUGGCGCUGGUGACCAAGGGGGGCGGCAAGGACCUGGAGGAGCCCCUGGUGGUGCGGCCCACCAGCGAGACCAUCAUCAACCACAUGUUCGCACAGUGGGUGCAGUCGUACCGCGACCUGCCGCUGCUGCUCAACCAGUGGUGCAACGUGCACCGCUGGGAGAUGCGCACGCGCCCCUUCGUGCGCACUCUGGAGUUCCUCUGGCAGGAGGGCCACACCGCGCACGCCACUGCCGAGGAGGCGGAGGAGGAGGCGAUGCGCAUGAUCCGCGUGUACGAGGAGUUCGCGGUCACGCAGGCGGCGAUGCCCGUGAUCCCGGGCCGCAAGUCGCGCAUCGAGUCGUUCGCGGGGGCCAACAUCACGUACACCAUUGAGGCGAUGAUGUCAGACAAGAAGGCCCUGCAGUCCGGCACCAGCCACAACCUGGGGACCAACUUUGCGAAGGCCUUCGAGACCCAGUUCAUCGACGAGCAGCAGCAGAUGCGCUACGUGCACCAGACCAGCUGGGGCGCGUCGACGCGGCUCAUCGGCGGCGUCAUCAUGACUCAUGGGGACGACAAGGGCCUCCGCCUGCCGCCCAACAUCGCGCCCACGCAGGUCGUGAUUGUGCCGAUCACCCGUAAGGACGCCGACCGCGCGUCAGUCAUGGGGGCGGUGGACGGCCUGGUGGCGGCGCUCAAGGGGGCGGGCAUUCGCACCAAGGUGGAUGCCAACGAGCUGAAGACCCCUGGGUGGCGCUACAACUACUGGGAGCUCAAGGGGGUGCCGGUGCGCGUGGAGGUUGGCCCGAGGGACGUGGAGCAGGGCACAUGCGUCGUCGCGCGGAGGGACGUGCCCGGCAAGGAGGGCAAGCAGGUGGGCGUCCCGAUGGCCCCCGAGGCCUUCAUCCCGCACGUGCAGGGGCUGCUGGCCGAGGUGCAGGCGGCGCUGCUGGCGCAGGCGACGGCGUUCCGCGACGAGAACAUCGUGGACGUGACGUCAUACGACGAGCUCAAGGCCACCGUGGCCGAGGGCAAAUGGGCGCGCGGCGGCUGGGCGGGCAGCGACGACCAGGAGAAGCAGAUCAAGGAGGAGACGCAGGCCACACUGCGGUGCUUCCCCUUCGACCAGCCGGCGGGCCCCCACACCUGCUUCAUGACGGGGCAGCCCGCGGCCGAGGUGGCGCUGUUCGCCAAGUCUUACUGA